UUGCGAAUCUAAACGUUGAAAAUUCCUUAGAAAUUGGCUAGCUAAACUUCGAUAACACUAUAAUAACCGUUUGGCGUUUACUUUAUUGAUAACACUUACAACUAAUAAUCUUUUGUUUUCUUAUUGACUGAAAUUUAUAAGUUGAUUCAGUGACUGUGGACCAAAUCUAAGUGUGUGUUUCUAUAGACACUGCAAUUCUUAAAUUUCUGUAUUUACAAACGGAUACACCCAAGUUUCAAGUAGCUAAGAAUAAAAACCGAUUUAAAUUAAGAAAUAACCUCACAACGCUAACGCUAUCAUGGCUUUCGCCGGGCUCAAGAAGCAGAUCAACAAAGCUAAUCAGUAUGUCACAGAAAAAAUGGGUGGUGCUGAAGGAACAAAAUUGGAUUUGGAUUUCAUGGAAAUGGAAAGAAAAACAGACGUGACGUGUGAGCUGGUUGAAGAGCUUCAGAUAAAGACGAAAGAAUUCCUACAACCGAAUCCAACGGCGCGAGCGAAGAUGGCAGCCGUGAAGGGGAUCAGCAAGCUGAGUGGGCAGGCCAAGAGCAACACUUAUCCCCAGCCCGAGGGUGUUCUCGGAGACUGUAUGCUUUUGUACGGAAAGAAACUCGGCGAGGACACAGUCUUCUCGCAAUGUCUGAUUGAGAUGGGUGAGGCCAUGAAACAGAUGGCCGACGUAAAGUAUUCGCUCGACGAUAACAUCAAGCAGAGCUUCCUCGAGCCGCUACACCAUCUGCAGACGAAAGAUCUCAAAGAAGUUAUGCAUCACCGAAAGAAACUGCAGGGACGUAGGCUGGACUUUGACUGCAAGAGACGUCGCCAGGCCAAAGGUGUCAGGAUCGGACCGUAUGCCAGUCCAAGCCACGACGACGAGAUCCGACAGGCCGAGGAGAAGUUUGCGGAGUCGCUUCAGCUAGCACAGAUUGGAAUGUUCAAUCUGCUAGACAAUGACGUGGAGCAAGUAGCACAACUCAGCUUCUUUGCCGAGGGUCUCCUGGAGUACCACCAGCAAUGCACGGAGAUUCUGCAAGGACUCGUGUCCACCCUCAUGGAAAAGAAGGAGGAAGCAAUAAGCCGGCCGAAGUUAGAGUUCGUGCCGAAGACGCUAACGGACCUUCACAUCGAGGGCAUCCACGAUCUCAACCACGGUAAACGAUACGGCUCCACGCAGAGCCUGUCCAACCACCGCGUUAGACCUACCCAACCAUCCCACACCUCCUCGCUCGCCGACCUCUCCUCCCCCGACCCACUCAAAGCCUGGGACCGCCCCGCUCCCGCCUUCAGGCCCCACCCCGCACCUAGGACCAAUGGACGUGACCCGUGGACAGCGUCUCCGCUCCCGUCGCCCGUGAAGUCCCCCGCUCGAACGCCGGUGGCCCAGCCCAAGGGACCUUGCUGCACCGCUCUCUACGACUUCGAAGCGGAGAACGAGGGAGAACUGGGAUUCAAGGAGAACGACGUGAUCACGCUGAUCAACAAAGUGGACGAGAACUGGUUCGAGGGCAGCGUGCACGGCAAGACGGGCUACUUCCCCAUCAGCUACGUGCAGGUCACCGUGCCGCUGCCCAACAUGUAAUCUCCGCCGCCCACCAUGCCCCACUCACCGCACUCGGCAACACAUCCAUUCUUAAACACACCAUAAAAAAUUAGGCAAUUCGCUAAGACACCUGAGAUUGAGAAACUAAGAGUUGAGUGUGAGUUAUACCUCUUCGCCAGUGAGACACUUAACCUCUGUGCACUAUAACUAUUGCGCCCAAAAGUAGCCACACGGAUGCGCCGUAAUAUGGCCGCCUCAGUUGUCACAAUGGUCACACACACAUCGCUUUUAAAAUGGCCGCCAUGUUGUCACAAUGGCCACACACACACACACAUAUGCCCUUUAUAUGUAUAUCGUCGCAGAAAUAUAAGUUUCAAACCCGUUUCGGUUGGUUUUUUGUUUAUUGUCAAAUAAUCUCUUAUACAAGAUGAAAUUUAUCUCAGUAAUCUGUCAAGUAAAUAAUAUUUUAUACAUUUAUUUUUAAAUCCUAUGUAUUUUGUAGUUUUAGUUUUUACUGUCAUAUAGUAGUUAUAGAGCCAAAGAUCAAUGACUUUAGUCAAGUGUUUCAAUUCGUUACCAAUGGAUGUGUUGCCGCGACACCUUUCAUGUCGCAGUAUUAAUAUGUAGAAAAUUUAAUAUUUGAAGUUAAUCGUGUCAAAAGCUCAAUGUGUAUAUGUAUUUGACUUAUUCAUACAGAGUAUCCGACUGUUUCAUCACUAACAUAACCUUUUGUUUGAGCUGGUCUUCCGUACGCUAAGGCUCAGAACACACGAAGCGUUUUUCCUGCGAUGAUACGGUACAUUUUUUACUGUGAGUUCUCCUGUGAUUUCCGCAGCCACCACGAUAGAACCACCAAGAAGCGAAAGUAUUGUUUUUCAAACGGUUUUUUCUACAUUACUUCUGCAAUUUUGACGUCUUCUGUUGUUAGCAAUGUAUUAAUCUAAAUCGUGUUAAUUAAAUCCUUUAAGGCCGUUAAUGCUCUUGUCAUUCCUCAUCACAAGACAGCGUGGUCGGCGGUGACCACCUAAGCGUCGGUAUUAUGAAUCUAUAACACCGGUGAACAAAAUAAUUGCAAUGCGACUUUGCAGGCAAUGAUCCUCUUUGCCAUCAAUAUAAAGAGGACAGUGUCAUAAAGCCUUAAACAAAAAUCUACAUUAAUCGUGGUAGUUUAACCUCCACCGCAGCAAUGGCGAUUUAAAACCUGCCUCGUGUGUUCUCAGCCUGUAGUGUGAUCAUAUUAUUUAUAGAACACAUUCGCAUUUAUUGCCAAAUAAAACCCAACGAAGCCUAUUUUACUGAUGACGUAGAUGAAAUCUCUAGUUUAAGUUUAGUCGGAAAUGAAGUCUAGUAUUCUAUUAAUUUGUAAAUUAAUUUUUCUUUGUAUGUAAGUGUUAUGUAAUAAAGUAAUAAAUAGCGUAUUGUACAUUAUUUUGAUGCUAAUGUUUAAUGUAGGAUUGAGGAAUACAAUGCAGUUAAUAACAGAAUCAAUUUAUAGGAAGAUUUUAAUAUUUCCAGUGCAUUCCAAAGAUGUGUUUUAAUUGAAUAAUGAAAUUAUUUGUCUCCUAUAAUUGUAGUAGGUAUGUUUUUAGGCUUAUGAAAUUCCGCUUUUCUUCUUUUAGUCUUUAACUAUCAAAUAUACAGAUUAUAUACAUAUUCCUAGUGCCGUGAAUUGAAGAUAGUUGAUUAUUCCGUCUUCUGAAUGUUUCCAUAGAUUAUAGAUGUCUAAGCGUCGUAUGCGUCUCCCAUAACACGGUAACUGUCAUGGAAGCUCUAUAAACGCUUAAAUCCUAAAGUGCUAUCAAAUACAUAAUAUUUUGUAGACAAAGCAUUUAUGAUAUUCCAUUUGACAUUGUAAUCGUUCAGUCUAAUGAAAUCUCCUGUAGGAUUAUUAAAUAUUAAAAUUAUUAGUUGUAGUCCUGGAUUUGUGGUGUUUAAGCAUAAUAUUGUAUGUUAUUGAAUCUUGCCAGAAUUUAUUGGUAAUGUUUUGUGUGUCGUUACUCAUUAUAUGGAAAAUACUUUUAAGUUUUUAUUGUGACAUACACUUAAUAUUGAUAUGUUAUGUAACUAACCUUUAAAUACUAUGAAUAAAACUGUAUUUUCAAAGAUAAAAUUAAACACCUUUUUACUCUUACAUUUGGGUAUUGGGUAAUAUGCAUUUUUUUUUCAAAUUAUAUACAUGCAAUUUUUUUUUAAAUUGACGUUAAUUUAUUAGAGUUAUUAUUAUGCCACUAAUAACUCAAUAUAUUUUACUGACCCUCGAUGACCUAACGACAUAAAAUUAUUUUAUGAUUUUAAAAUUAAUUGCGAAAUUGUAAAAAUAUUAUUUUAAUUAUUUCAUUUAUAUCUACUUAAAAUUUAUGAGAUUAUUUUUAUAAACGAAUGAGAGGGAUGAGAGCAGCUGUAGCAUUUUCUUAUAUAUAAGAAUCUGGAUGUUGUGUAACUCAUGCAUAAUAUACAUACAUACAUAGGAUAAAUCGAAUUGUCGUGUUUUAAUGUGUUGUCGGUGUCUGUUAGAUCAUCGUAUAAUCACUUCAUACUAUUGACCCCAUUAUAUCAUCAUUCUGGCAUAUUAAAAGACAAUACCUAGAUCUAAUUAGGUAAGUUCAUUAUGAAUUAUUAAUAAUCGUUCUGAAUUCAAGUGUCUAUUGUAUAAGUAUUUGAGCAAAUAAUAAAUAAUUAUUAUCGGUGUUGAUGUAAUGUUUCGAUGUGAUGUGGCCCCGGCUCGGGAGAGUUUAGCCUUUUUAAAUGUUUCUCGUGAGAGUCCACCGCUCAUGUCGUUGAUCCUUCCUCGGAAUGAGAUUAUCGUUGUUAUGUAUUUUAUUGUAAAUGUAUACCUUACCCCAAAUAGUUACUCAAUAAGUAUUAUUAGUAGAUACUCCGAAAUAUCUAUCGCUUUCAGAUAGGUGUCGUUUGGUUUGUGCGUCAUUCAUUACACGAUUGUCUAACUAUUUGGUGAAUUAAAUCUUGUUCAUGUUACUGUAAUCUUAAAAUUUAAAUACUGUAAUUAUUGAUAUAAAUGACAAUUUACGAGAUAUCAAUUGUUUGUAUUAAAAUUCUAUCCUGAACUUAUUGCUCGUUUCGCCUCCUAAUAAAAUGUUAACUAUAAA